UUAAUGAAAUUCAAGGAAGAUAAGUCCUCUAGAUCAUUUCUAUAUAUUAAUUAUAAAGAACUGACUAAAAAGAAGACUAAUAUGUAUCAAAAGACAUUUACCCUAGUGAACAAUCCUGUUAAUUCCAAAGAUCUACCUCCUGAAUAUGACACUUGUGGAAAUAUUUUAGAAAAUGUUCCAGAAUUCAUCAACUGUAAUCUAAGCCCUGCAAGAAAGAGACUUAAUGAGUAUGAUGGAUAUUUGAAAUCAUGCCCAAAUUCCAUGCAAGACAUGGGACAUCCUGAAACCAAAUUCCAUACUCAGAGAGGCAAGGUUUGCAGUCACAGUGAUGUACAGGUACAACAUGAGAAAGUAGACUUUCCAGCACAUUCUGACUGUGAAAAGUCAUUUCUUAGAAAGGGAAGCUCAAGUAUACACAACAGAGGAUACAGAGGGGGAAAUCCAUCUGUAUGUAACAAAAAGGGAAAAGCAACAAAUAGUGAAAAAAACCACAUAUGCACAGAAUGUGGGAAGUCCUUCUGCAGGAAGUCAGUAUUGGUUCUGCAUCUGGCAAUUCACACAGAGGAAAAGCCUUAUCAAUGCCAUCAAUGUGGAAAUAAAUUUAGAAGGAGGUCAUACCUCAUCGACCAUCAGAGAACUCACACAGGAGAAAAACCCUUUGUUUGUAGUGAGUGUGGUAAGUCCUUCCGCCUAAAGACAGCCCUCACUGAUCACCAGAGAACACACACUGGGGAGAAGUCAUAUGAGUGUCCACAGUGUAAGAAUGCCUUCCGAUUGAAGUCCCACCUUAUUCGUCAUCAGAGAACUCACACAGGAGAAAAACCGUACGAGUGUAAUGACUGUGGGAAGUCUUUCCGCCAAAAGACAACACUCUCCCUCCAUCAGAGAAUCCAUACAGGGGAGAAGCCUUAUAUUUGUAAAGAAUGUGGGAAAUCUUUCCACCAGAAAGCAAACCUCACUGUCCACCAGAGGACUCACACAGGGGAGAAGCCCUAUGUUUGUAAGGAAUGUGGUAAAUCCUUCUCCCAGAAAACAACACUUGCUCUUCAUGAGAAAACUCAUAAUGAGGAGAAACCCUAUCUGUGUAAUGAAUGUGGAAAGUCUUUCCGCCAGAAAACAACUCUCGUGGCCCAUCAGAGGACGCAUACAGGGGAGAAAUCUUAUGAAUGUCCUCGUUGUGGGAAGGCGUUUAGAAUGAAAUCAUACCUCAUUGAUCAUCACAGAACUCAUACAGGGGAAAAACCAUAUGAAUGCAACAAGUGUGGGAAAUUGUUCAGUCAGAAAACAAAUCUCAAUCUACACCAGAGGAUUCAUACUGGGGAGAAACCCUACGUCUGUAAUGAGUGUGGGAAAUCCUUUCGCCAAAAAGCAACCCUCACUGUCCAUCAAAAAAUACAUACAGGGCAGAAGUCCUAUGAGUGUCCUCAGUGUGGGAAAGCUUUUAGCAGGAAGUCCUACCUCAUUCACCAUCAAAGAACUCAUACAGGAGAGAAAACCUACAAAUGCAGUGACUGUGGAAAGUCUUUCCGCCAGAAAACAAAUCUCAUUGUUCAUCAAAGAACUCACACGGGAGAGAAACCCUACUCGUGUGAUGACUGUGGCAAGUGCUUUAGCUAUAAGAGAAACCUCAUUGUCCAUCAAAGGGUUCAUAGAGAAAAUAUGGAAAUAGAAUAA